CGACAGUGAGCACAUAGCCUCGAGCGCCACCCGCACACCCGGCCUCGCAUCACCGUCGUCUGGCGAGCCCUUCUCGCUCGGCAGUCGUCCGAACGCGCGCGGCCUCCACCUUCGCCCCCUGUCGCCUCUCAGCCACGUCGAGCAUGCCGUUCUUCUCGCUGUUCCGACGCAAGAAGCGCACCAGCUCGUUCCGCCACACCCGCAGGCCCAGCGUCACCG